UGAAUAUUAAUUUACACACCUUUAAAUUGUCAACUUGACUAGUACAAUGAUAAUUUGCUAGUUUCUAAAAUGUUUCAAGUUCCAAAAAAAAAACAACCAAUUCUCUCCCAAUUCAUUGGAUUCUAUUCUAUUCUUAUAUUUUUCUUUUCUCUACUCUUAAUUUUGUAGUGUAUUUGACAAUCAUUUUAUCUUUUCUUUUCUAAUUAUCUUUUGUUUUUCUUUUCUCGUUCUUCUUGGCAUCUUCAUCCAUAUCAUCAUCAUCAUCAUGGUCUCGGAAAUAUUUCUCUCCAUCCAGGAUCAUUCUCAAGCCAAUAGCAUACGAAAAGCCAUCAACAACAAUGAGUGUCCAGUCAAAGAGAAACACGUUCGAAGAAUUAUCAUCGAUUCAUUUCGUGAAAAGGGAUCAGCAUUCUUUUGGAAUUUUGCUGUUAAAUUACCUCUUCAAGAGAAUCCAAUUGUUUGCUGGAAAUUCUGUCAUGUUGUUCAUAAACUGCUCCGUGAAGGACAUCCUAAGGCCAUUAUUGAUGCAUAUCCAAAUCGUCGGAUAGUCGGUGAUCUCGGACGAUUCUGGGGAUCCCUUAAGGAUGGUUAUGGUAAACUGAUACAAAAUUAUUGUGCCCUAAUUGUGUCAAAAAUGGAUUUUCACGUUCGAAAUAUUAAAUUCCCGGGGAGUUUACAGGUCACCGAUGAAGAGCUUGAUGAAAUUGGUGAACGAGAUGUAAAUGUAUUUUUUCAACUUUCAUGUGAAAUGUUUGACUAUUUAGACGAAAUAUUAAGCCUUCAAUCAUCAGUAUUUGGAUCUCUGGAUAUGUCACGAGCCAAUUCAAUGACGAGUGCAGGACAAUGUCGAUUAGCUCCAUUGAUCCCGUGUAUCCAAGAUUCAAGUCAACUUUAUGAUUACUCAGUAAAAGUAUUAUUCAAGUUACAUGGAGCAUUACCACCCGGGACCCUUGAUGGCCACAGAGAUAGAUUUUUAACUCAAUUUAGAUUAUUAAAACAAUUUUACCUUAAUUCAAACAAUUUACAGUAUUUUAGGUAUCUUAUACAAAUACCACUUCUACCAGAGAAUCCACCUAAUUUCCUAUUAGCAUCUGAUUUGAAAAGUCAUGUAACUCCCGUUGUUAUCCUGCCUCAGCAAUCAGAUUCACCUGAUGGAUCUGAAGCAACCGACACAUUAAUUGAUUUAUCAUUUCCAAAUAAUCAGGUUGAUAAAGCUACAAGUGAUGAAAAUUCAUCCGUUUGGUCAUUCAGAUCUGAACCAGUUAAUGGAUCUGUUUCCCAUGAAGCCUUGGAAGCCAAAGAUAAUCUGAUAAUCAAAUUAAAACGUCGAAUAGAAGAGCUAGAAAUGGAAAUACAACAGAUUCGUAUAGAGGAUGGGCGUAUUAUUGAUAAUUUUCGUCGUAAAUUAGCUGAAGUUGAAUGUAAUGUAGUCGAAUCGGAUAGAGCACUGAAAGCAAUUAACAUUGAUAAAGAUAAUCUUUCCAAAGAAAAUGAAGAAUUGAAACAAGAAAUUAUUAAACUUAAAUCAGGAACUGAUAUUCAACAUGAGAAUACCAAAGCUAAUGAAAAAUUAGCCAAAGUUCUUGAUAUAUACAAAAAAUUAAGAGAUGAACAUAUUGAACUAUUGAGAGCGAAAGCUGAAGUUGAUAAAAACUGUAUCAGUACUAAGUCAGCAUUGGAACGUGAACUUAAAGCCAAAGAGAAUUUGGAAGAGCAAUUGAAAGAUUUGAAGCACAAGGUAGAAGAGAAUCAAGUUAAGAGCGAGACGGUGGAAAAAGCAGAAGCCAUUGAAGCUUAUAAUAAGAAGCUACUCACUGAAAUCGCUUUACUUCAGAAGGAGAAACUUCAAACGGAAGGUGAACUGAGCGAUGUUCAGAAACACCUUCUCAUGGUUAAGGCUGAUCUUGAGGACCAAUCACGAAUUUGGGAAUCCAAGUUUAAUGAGCUUAAAUGGCAUCUAUUAGAUCUUUUACUUCAAGAAACUUAUAAUAUUUCAUGUAAACUUAACGAUGAAGCCGAUACAGGACCUUGUUCAGUCACAGUAUUUUCAACUCCUGAAAAUUUUUUCAAUCAAUGUGAUAAUUUGAAGGAUUGGCUUGAAAAACUGUCAACUAUUUCACAAGACUUUACCUGUUCACCCAACAAUUUAGAUGACAUCAGCAGAUUUAUCAUUAAUUACUAUUCCUCACUUUCUCAUACUUUUCAUUGUGGUCGAGUCAUCUAUCAAACUUUGCCAAAUUUUGAUCUAGCCCAAGAGCUUAUGAAUCAUUGUAAAAAUUUGGUCUCCUCUUCAAUCCAAUUGAAUCAAAAGAUGAAAAAUCGUGUUGAUAUAAAAGAUCAAUUAGAAGUAACCAAUUUAUGUGUUAAUCAAAUUAUCGCACUUCGAUCAAAAAUUAUGCCACAAUUAAACCUUAAUCAAAACGCUAAUCUUGAACAAUUGUUGACCCAAGAGUUGAGUGAUAUGGACAAAGCCAUUGAAGAAGCUGUUAGCAAAUUAGAGCAAAUGAUGGUUAAAUCAAAGAAACAAGAUUCAGGUGUAACUCUGGAAGUAAAUGAAAAUAUACUCGACGCUUGUACAACUUUAAUGCAGGCUAUCGUCCGUUUAGUUAAAAAUUCCAAAGAACUUCAAAGAGAAAUCAUUGUCCAAGGAAAAGGAUCUGCAUCACCAUCAGAAUUUUAUCAAAGGAAUCAUCGUUGGACUGAAGGUUUAAUUUCUGCUGCUAAAGUUGUUGCACUUGCAGCUAAAUUAUUAGUUGAAGCUGCUGAUAAAGUUAUCGCUGGAAAAGCUAAAUUUGAAGAGCUGAUGGUUGCAUCAAAUGAGAUCGCUGCAGCUACUGCUCAACUUGUGGUCGCCUCUCGAGUUAAAGCCGAUCGGAAAAGCGUCAAAAUGUCCAAACUAUCUCAAUCCUCGAAAGAAGUUCGUGAAGCAACGGGAAAUGUGGUCGCAAUUGCCAAAAGUUGUGCUGAGAAAAUCGAGGAAACCGAUACUAUGGAUUUCUCCAAAUUGACCUUACACCAAGCAAAGAAAAUGGAAAUGGAAAGUCAAGUGAAACUAUUAGAACUCGAAAGUGAAAUAACUCGAGAACGAAUGAGACUUGCUGGUCUUCGAAAGCGACAUUACCAUUUAGCGAGUUAAUCAAUUAAUUUAGAUCAAAUUUUAUCAUCAAUUUUGUUUUUACGCUGCCCAAUGAUCAGAUUAACUCUACUCGCUUAUCAUCAACAAUUAAGAAUUUCUGAAUAGUCACCAAUCAUCAAAUCUCAUUAUUAAUCAUUUCCAUUUUUCACCAUUGAUUGUUUCACAAUGAAAUUACCAAGGAAGACUCAACACUCGAAACUUUUAAAUCCAAAUCAAUUUUAAUCACCAUUCUUAUUAUUUUAAUUUACUUACAACAGUCUACAGAAUCAAUCCCAAUACUUGUCACUAAAAUUAAUGCGGAGGAGAUUUAUUAAUUGUUUCUUCUUACAAUUUAAUUGCACAAUUUCUAUAAUUUGAUUACAAUUUUGUUCCUAUUCAUCCCAUAAAUUGGAAACAAUCAAUUUAAUCAUGAUAAUCUAUAUUCAUCUCAGAGAUUUAAAAUUUUUAAUAAAAUCUAUUGAUAUUUAUUUACAAUCAUUAAAUGAUUGUUAACUAUGCAAA